UCAGAGACAGAACUCAGUACCUGGCUCACCCACACCUGUCUGCGUCUUCGCCAUCGCUGUCCUGCAGUAUCCAGCAUCCCUUGAACAGACUCAGCCACUGUCACCGCCGCCGCCACCUCUGACGUCCCCAACGCUGCCACCUCGUCAAAGAUGCAGUUUGAGAUGCACGACAACGUGAAAGGCAAAGCCAUGUCCUACCCGGUGACCAGUCAGCCCCAGUGUGCCAGCAGCUGCUACCAGACCCAGCUCAGCGACUGGCACACAGGACUCACGGACUGCUGCAACGACAUGCCCGUCUGUCUGUGCGGCACUUUCGCCCCCCUGUGCCUCGCCUGCCGCAUCUCCGACGACUUCGGGGAGUGCUGCUGCGCGCCCUACCUGCCCGGAGGCCUGCACUCUCUGCGCACCGGCAUGCGGGAGCGCUAUCACAUCCAGGGAUCGGUCGGGCACGACUGGGCGGCCCUCACCUUUUGUUUGCCCUGCGCCCUCUGUCAGAUGGCGCGGGAAUUGAAGAUCCGAGAGUAAAGAAGUUCCCCGCGUCUCCUUCUUUUCCACCUGUCACGCCCCGCUGCCCGCGCCUCCUCUGCCCCCUCUGCCCGCUCAUGGGAGAGCCUGCCCCUCCGCCCUAUCCCGCUACCAGAAAUACACCCACAAUAAAAACCUGAAAACCAA